AUGGCGGAAUUAGAAUCGGGGCAGGGUAUUCGUGUAGUGACGCCAUCCGACCAUACGUUCACCUUGGAUGAGGAGGCGCUAAGCAAACUCCUGCUGCGAGAGGAUAUAAAGGACAGAAGCGUUGUUGUUGUGUCCGUCGCAGGCGCCUUCCGGAAGGGCAAGUCGUUUUUACUGGACUUCUUUCUACGAUAUCUACAUCAUAAGUACCAUGUUAAAGACAGCGGCGAUUGGUUGGGUGGUGAAGAUGCGCCAUUGAAGGGGUUCAGUUGGCGAGGUGGUUCAGAGAGAGACACCACGGGUCUUCUGCUAUGGUCUCAGCCUUUUUUAACAACUCUCGAUAAUGGAGAAAAGGUGGUUAUACUACUGAUGGACACACAAGGCACCUUCGACAGUGAAUCGACGGUGAAAGACAAUGCCACUGUAUUCGCAUUAUCCACGAUGCUGUCCUCUGUACAGAUUUACAACCUUUCACAAAACAUUGAAGAGGACGACUUGCAGCACUUACAGUUGUUUACAGACUACGGUCGUCUAGCUCAGCAGAGUGCCAGCGGUAAGCCAUUCCAGCGGUUGCAGUUGUUGGUACGAGAUUGGAGCUUUCCAUACGAACAUCCUUACGGAGCUGACGGAGGGGCGAGUCUAUUGGAAAAAAGGCUUGAGAUUCACGAAGGCCAGCACGUGGAGUUGCAGUCCAUCAGACGUCACAUCGCAGCAUGCUUUGAAGAGUUGGCCUGCUUCCUGAUGCCGCAUCCUGGGCUCAACGUGGCUACUAAUCCCAAUUUCGAUGGAAAAGUUUCUGAUAUAAGUCCCGAGUUCCAAACGUCUCUGCGUCAACUGGUGCCGAUGCUUCUGGCUCCGGAGAAUCUAGUGCUGAAAAAGAUAGCGGAACAGCAGCUCAAGGCAAAAGACCUGUUCCUCUACUUCAAAGCAUAUAUGACUAUAUUCAAUGGAACUGAACUGCCGGAACCGAAGAGUAUUUUGGCGGCGACAGCUGAAGCGAACAAUCUCUCGGCGGUAUCCGAAGCUCGCGAUGUAUACGAAUACCUGAUGGAAGAGGAAGUCGGGGGGAGCAAGCCUUUCUUGGACCCUGGGAGGCUUCAACAGCAGCAUCAGAGGGCGAGGGAUAAGGCCCUCCACGCCUUUCACAAUAAGAGGAAGAUGGGAGGAGACGAAUUGGAGGCCAGUUAUCAGGAGAAAUUAAUUAAGGAAAUCGAGGAGCAAUACGAGCAAUACCGCGCCAACAACCAAGCCAAGAACAUAUUCCGUAUCGCGGGUACUCCCACCGUGUUGGUAGUGUUGGCACUCCUGGGAUUUCUCCUCAGCUCCCUUGCUGCCAACCUCGGGGUGCAAACCCUGGUCGCUAUUGGAGAGAGUAUCGCAGUUGGGUCUUUAGCCGCUCUUGCCGUUUGGAUGUAUACUAGAAUAAGCGGAAACUUGCGGGACAUCGGAGUACAAAUAGAUGGCGUGGCGGACACGAUACGAAACUAUAUUACAAGACAAGCCAUCGGCACCGCGUCGAGACAACUCACGACAGGGGAAAAUUACAAGAACGAUUAA